AUGGACGAAUUCCUGGCAGCAGUUGGCGUACAGGCCAUGAGAUAUGCCAUACGGUCUGGCAUUGCCUUGACUUCUUCUUACGCCAUCAACCAGUGCUCUCGUCUGCUUAUAGCGGUUGACGAUAAAGGCCUCCAUUCCGAGUUGAGAAUUCUCCAAAAGCACCUCGAUAGUAAAAUCAAGGUCAUCUCUCCUGCCAUUAACCUGGUUGAGCUCAAGUCUGGGCGAGGAAACGUCUUUCUCGAAUCUGCACUCCCUCUUGCAAAAUCUCUCCAUAAGCAGAUUGUCUCCCUAGGCCGUCGUGCAGAAGCCGCCGCCGCCGCUCAAGAACACAUCCAACGCCCAGGAGCCAGCUCACCGAAUAAAGAAACCAGCCAAGAUGCAUUGAAAAGGGUGAUUGAAGGUUUGAAGAAUCUUCUGAGCGAGAUUGACCGAGACAUCCCUCUACUGCAACUGGCCAUAUCGGCGUCUGGUGAAAGCCUGUCGACUUCUCUACCUUCUGGAAUAUCUCCCUCUCGGCUGCUACAAGCCAGUACGCUAUUGAUUGUCGGAGAUACGCAGUACGCACAGGACCCUCGAAGAUCCAUACAAAUUGGACCUUCAUUCACGCUGUCUGUUUACAUGCUAUUCUUGGGGCAUGCUGCGGUUUCGUCUAUUUCUAAAGAUGGCAACCUACGGUCAUCUGUUGAAAAUACAACGAGGACAGAUACCAAGUCACAAGGGCCAAUCUACGGGCUGAGAGAGCAUGAUAGAAAACCAUUGUGGCAAGAAGCGAUACACAAGGCGCGAGUGCGCUUAUGUAGAUCGGCAAGCGACCCGAUCAUUGAGGGGGUUGACUGUGAUGGGCAGAACUACAAGGCUUCCUGUUCUAUUAAGAGCUUGAAUUAUGCAUAUCAUCUUGAAAUCAUUGAAGACUUGGAUGACAAUCGUGCUCAUGAAGAGUUGGGCUCAUCACAAACACUCAAUGGCAUCCCAAAAGCUGGUAUACGGGAGCUGAUUCCCAUCCAUCAAUUCGCCAAGAUAUUCUACACCGACACUGGCAGAUUACUCAACAUUGGGGACGGAACAGAUGGAGAAAACAGUCCAGUUCUGCUGCUGAAACGAGAUAUUAAUGCGACUCGACUGCAGAGGCCAGAAUGUGUAAUGCAUGGCGAGGUAUACGACACCAGUGAUGAUGACAAUAAGCAAGAAAAGGACGAGUAUAAUCAAGCUGAUGUGGACCAACAACUUUUCGGGGAAUCACAGGCGAAAUCAUCUAUUUCUAGACGCUCUAAGGAUGCCAAGGACAUUUGUGCUACUGCUCUUCCCAAACAUUUGGAUCCCGAGUGGAUAGCUUUCGAGGUUUUUGAAGAGCAUGACGAGCAGAGCGAUACAAGUUCAAACUCGGAUCUUGAUGCAGGUUUAUCAGAUGAAGUUGAUGGAUGCGGUCAUUCACCAACAAAAUCGCCGUCGCGGCUUCACACUGCCAUGGACUCGAUCCUGGUUUCCCAGAUCAAAAACAUCUCCAUUUACCCUACGUCACGCAACGGUCUUGUUCUCAACAAAUCGGACAGUGGAGUUGGACAGCCAUCGCGAGACUUGACAGCAGAUUCAGCAAGUGAGGCGCAAGACUUUGUGUCGCGGUCACCGUUUGGGGCCAUCACUACAUCGCUCUCUUUGAUUGAGAUGCUUAUUCGGCUAGCCGGCCUCCAAGAAUUCCAACAAGCUUCCCAUUUGUCUAUUCCAGACCACAUCUUGACGUUUUUCUUGGAAGAAACGUCAACGACAGGAUUGACUGGGGAGGCCAUGUGGAGGGCUAGGAGUGAAACGAAGCAACGAGUAGGCUUUGAUCCAUAUACUGACACUAUGUAA